CUAAUGUGGAAGUUAUUAAAAGAAAAAAAGAGUUAUUUUUUAUUAUAUAAUUCAUUAUUAUAUAUACCGAAGAAGAAGAAAAAAAAAAAAAGGCCCUAUCCGAGUGUUGUGAGUUGUAACGAAAGAUAUUGAGUUUCAACGUGGCCCUGGGCUGAAAAACAAGACCAAGCCCAGCUUUCGCUCAAUUCGUUUCCAACCGAAUCCAAAUUGUUUUGGUAACUUGGGCUGCUCGGAUAUUCUUCCACUCAAAUUGUUGGGUCCAAAUGUUAAAUUUCAACAUGGGCUGAUCGGAUAUUCUUCCACUCAAAUUAUUGGGUCCAAAUAUUAAAUUUUAAUAUGGCCCGUUUAAACCCAAUCCUUUUUCCUUUUGGUAGAAGUUUAAACCCAGAUUUCACGGUAAUGUUUCGACGUCGGAGUGGUCUGCUGCGAUUCCGAUUCAUUCGAAGAUGGAAGAGUACCCGGAGGAAUUGAGGACGCCGCCGGUCAGCCUGGUAGCGUUGGUGGGGUGCACGGAGCAACACGCCCUCAUCUCUACGCACCUCAACUCCGAGCAGCCUCCUAUCAACACCUUGGCCUUGCCGGACUUAUCCAAGAUCUUGCUUUUCCUGCCCGCCAAAUCCAACAACAACCAACAGCCCGCCGAUUCUUCUUCCUCAAAUGGAUUGUUGAAGAGGGAUUGGCUGCAAAAGCACCGGACCAAGACUCCCGCAGUGGUCGCCGCGCUCUUCAGCUCUUUCCAUGUUGCUGGCGACCCUGCCCAGUGGCUCCAGGUCUGCUCCGAUCUCGACCAACUGAAAGCCCUGAUUCGUUCCAGGAACACAAAACUUCUUGUUAUUGUCGUUCACUCUUCUUCCAAGGAUGAAAUCAGCGAAGAUCGUCUCCUUGCUCUACGUAAGCGAGCUGAAGUGGAUGCCAAGUACCUUCUUUUCUUUAACCCCAACGACCCUUUUGAGCUCAAGCAGUCCCUUAGCAGGCUGGGGACUGCAUUUGCAGAACUGGCAAUGGUAUAUUACAGAGAUGAAGGACGAAGGAUUAAAACUCGUAUUGAGAAGAAGGCCUUUAAUUCUGUUGACUUGCAUGUUCGCUAUUGUUUCAAAGUUGCUGUAUAUGCAGAGUUUCGUAGGGAUUGGGUUGAAGCCUUGAAGUUUUAUGAAGAUGCCUAUCAUGCCCUACGGGAGACAGUUGCAACAUUAACAAGGUUGCCAGGGAUUCAACGCAUGGUAGAGAUAAAAACUGUUGCAGAACAAUUGCAUUUCAAGAUAUCCACUUUGUUAUUGCAUGGUGGAAAGUUGACUGAAGCAGUUAAGUGGUUCCAGCAGCAUUGUGCUUCAUAUAGAAGGCUGGUUGGAUCACCAGAAAAUAUUUUUCUCCACUGGGAAUGGGUGAGCAGACAGUUUUUAGUAUUUGCUGAGUUGCUGGAGACAAGCUCAGCCACCAUUCAAGACAUUCCCUCUCUACCAUUGGGCACUGCAGAACGACCUUUAACUGAAUGGGAAUUUCGUCCAGCUUAUUACUAUCAGUCAGCUGCUCACUAUUUGAAGGAAAAGAGAGGUGCUUUGAAGCUUGCAUUGUCUAUAUUUGAAACUUGGAAUGAAAUUGAUAAUAGUGUUGAAUCCGUGGUACCUUCAAUAUAUGUGGGCCAAUUUGCUAGGCUACUUGAGCAAGGCAAUGAUCUAGCUAUGCAACCCCUUACCGAUGAAGAGUACACCUAUUAUGCUAUUUCUGAAGGGAAAAGGUUUCAGGAUUCCUUUGAAAUUGUUGCUUUGCUCAAAAAAUCUUAUGAAUCAUAUGGUAAUCUCAAAGUCCCAAGGAUGGCUUCUCUUUGUGCAUUUCAGAUUGCUAGGGAAUAUUUUUCUCUUGAUGAUUUCAGCAAUGCAAAACAGAUGUUUGAUGGUCUUGCAAAUCUAUAUAGACAAGAAGGGUGGGUUACUGUGUUAUGGGAGGUCUUGGGUUACCUUCGAGAGUGCUCAAGGAGGCUUGGUGAACUGAAGGAUUUUAUAGAGUAUUCACUUGAAAUGGCUGCAUUGCCAGUGUUGUCUGGUGUUGACACCCAGCAUUUUAGAGCUAAAGAACAUGGUCCAGGCGGUCUUGCCAGUCUUUCACAGAGGGAAAUGAUGCACAAGGAAGUGUUUGGACUUGUCAUUGGGUCACCCAUCAAAGAUGAUGAUAAUUUCAAAGUAACAGCAGAUAAUCCACUUCACCUUGAGAUUGAUCUCGUGAGUCCCCUUAGAUCUGUACUUCUUGCUUCAGUUGCUUUUCAUGAGCAGAUAAUUAAGCCCGGCGUGCCCUCUUUGAUAACAUUGUCACUUCUCUCGCAAUUACCUCUCACCAUAGAGAUUGAUUACCUGGAAGUGCAGUUUAACCAACCUGAGUGUAACUUUUAUAUAAUAAAUGCUCAAAGAUCACUAUCAGACACUGUGCUCACUGAGCGGCAAGGAUGCCGUUUAGAGAGUGCUCCUUCUUUAGCACUUCUGACAAACAAGUGGCUACGAUUGACUUAUGAUAUAAAAUCUGAGCAAAGUGGGAAGCUUGAGUGCAUAUCUAUCAUUGCAAAAAUGGGAUCACACUUCACAAUCUGUUGCAGAGCUGAAAGUCCUGCUUCAAUGGAUGAUUUACCACUUUGGAAGUUUGAAGCUCGUGUGGAGACUUUUCCAACUAAGGAUCCUGCGUUGGCAUUCUCUGGUCAGAAGGCUGCUCAAGUUGAGGAACCAGAUCCGCAAGUGGAUCUUUUGGUUGGUGCAUCAGGCUCCGCAUUAGUUGGGGAGAGUUUCAUGGUGCCAGUUACCAUCACUGCCGGCAGCCAUGCAAUACACUUUGGCGAAUUGAAGAUCAAUCUGGUGGAUGUAAGAGGAGGUGGUUUGUUUAGUCCCAGCGAAUCAGAACCGUUUGGAUUGGAUAGUCAUCAUGUUGAGCUUCUUGGCAUUACUGGUCCUGAAGGUGAGGGUGAAUCUCAACCUGGUCCUGAUAAAAUUGCUAAAAUUCAACAAUCAUUUGGAUUGCUUUCAGUUCCUUCCCUAGAAGUUGGAAAAUCAUGGUCCUGCAAGCUAGAAAUCAAGUGGCACCGACCAAAACCAAUCAUGUUGUUUGUAUCACUGGGAUAUUCCCUAAAUGGCAAUGACUUGAACGCUCAGAAAACAAAUGUCCACAAGAGCUUGCAAAUUGAAGGAAAGGUUGCCAUCCAAAUCAGCCAUCGCUUUAUGGCACCCUUCCGUAGGGAUGCAUUGCUGCUGUCAAGGACCAACACUGUCACUGUUUCUGAUCAGUUGGGAUCGUUACCCCUGAAUGAAACAACUGUAAUCCUCGUUAAUGCCAAGAACUGCUGUGAGGUGCCAUUGCAAUUACUCUCCAUGUCUAUUGAAGUUGAUGACAAUAACAUUGAAAGGUCAUGUUCAGCGCAGUUUGGAGGUCAAGAUCUUCUGGGCUGUGCAGUUGUUAUGCCAGGUAAAGAGUUCAAGAAGGUUUUCACUGUCAUUCCAAAGGUGGACGCCUCAAAACUUACGUUGGGAUCAGUGCAUCUAAAAUGGAGGAGGCAUUCUGGAAUUGGAGAUCAAUCUGGUUCGACUAGUACAGCUUCAUGGGUUUCAACUGAACAUAAACUUCCUGAAGUAAAUGUAGAGUUAUCACCAUUAGUUGUGAGUUUGGAGUGCCCGCCUUAUGCCGUCCUUGGAGAGCCCUUCACAUACUCUGUUAAAAUUCGUAACCACACAGAGUUGCUUCAAGAGGUCAAGUUCUCCUCAGCGGAUGCACAGAGUUUUGUGUUAUGCGGGCCUCAUAAUGACACUGCUUUUAUCCUUCCAAAAUCCGAACACAUUCUUCAUUACAAGAUUGUAGCACUCGCCUCAGGUUUGCAACAGCUGCCCAGAGUCUCUCUGACCUCUGUGAGAUAUUCAGCUGUAUUUCAACCCUCCACCGCAGCAGCCACAGUUUUUGUCUUCCCCUCGAAGCCCUGUUUCAAGACAGAUGAUGCAAAAGAGAAACAGAUGGAGCCCAUUGCUGCAGAUUGAGUUUUUCUUUGGCCAUUCGUUUUGCUUUCAUUUCCAGAUCCACAAGCCUUUCUUAAUGAUAAACCGAUGACUGGGAACUGAAUCAAAUUAGAGCUGUAGUCUCCAGCACAGCCGUUCCCAGAAAUCUCCAGGGAUAGUCUUGCCUUUGUCUAACAUCUUUUUGUAUUUUGUAAAAAAUCUCUUGAACACAACGAUAUGAAAUUCACAUGUUAAAUGUUACUCGCAUAAUGGCUUACGUGCCCCUGUUUUUGGC